AUGAGGUUGGUCGGCGCCGGGGUCCGGGCCCGGAGGGCUGCGGAGUCGUCUGAACCAGAGCCAGAGGAAGCAACAGAGCCAGUUCACCAUGAGCACUCACACACAGAACACCAUGAGCACCCCCAUUCAGAACAUCACCCCAGCCACGACUACAACCACAUGAAGGAGAAGUUUAUGAAUGAGCUUGGUCAUCUGCCAAUUCCCAUGUGGGCAGUAGCGGCCAUUGUUGUGGUGGUCCUGGUUUUGGUGGCCUGCUGCAUCUUCUGUGUCUUCAAAAAAUGCUUUGGGAAAAAGAAAAAGCCAAAGAAAGUGAGGGAGAGGAAGACAGGUCGCCGCAGAAAGGAAAAGGAAGGUGACGGAGAGGCUGGGGAUAAGGAGGGGGAAGUAAAGAAGGAAGGGGAGGAAGAGGAGAAAGAACAGGAAAAUGUGGGUAAGCUGGAGUUCUCGUUGGACUACAACUUCACAGAUUCCCAGCUUAUAGUGGGUAUCCUUCAGGCUCAGGACCUUGCUGCUAUGGACAUGGGGGGAACCUCAGACCCCUAUGUCAAAGUCUUUUUGUUGCCAGACAAAAAGAAGAAGUAUGAGACCAAAGUCCAACGCAAGAAUUUAUGUCCUGUUUUCAACGAAACUUUCAUCUUUAAGAUCCCCUAUGCAGAGUUAGGCGGAAAGACUUUGGUGCUGCAAGUUUUUGACUUUGAUCGUUUCUCCAAGCAUGAUAUGAUUGGUGAGAUAAAGAUCCCCAUGAACAGUGUUGAUUUGGGACAGCCAAUGCAACAAUGGAGAGACUUGGAGAGUGGUGAGAAGGAGGAGCAAGAAAAACUGGGCGAUAUUUGCAUUUCUUUACGGUAUGUUCCCACUGCUGGAAAACUGACCGUGAACAUCAUGGAGGCAAAGAACCUGAAGAAAAUGGAUGUUGGUGGCUUGUCAGAUCCGUAUGUGAAGAUUGUUCUGCAGCAAAAUGGGAAACGGAUUAAAAAGAAGAAGACGACAGUCAAGAAAAACACGCUCAACCCUUACUUUAAUGAGAGCUUCAGCUUUGAAGUCCCCUUUGAGCAGAUACAGAAAGUGCAGGUCGUCCUCACAGUGUUCGACUACGAUAAACUUGGGAGCAAUGACCCCAUUGGAAAGACCUUCAUGGGUUACGGAGCUACAGGAGUCGGCCUGCGCCACUGGUCAGAUAUGCUUGCCAAUCCCAGACGUCCAGUAGCCCAGUGGCACACGCUCCUGCCAGAAGAGGAAGUCGAUGCAGCGCUCAAAGCAAAACCUCGUUAGAGUCGCACCUUGUUCGAGUAUCAAUUACUACUGAUGUGUUACUUAUUGUUAAUCCUGAUGUUUUCUCAUUUAGCAUUUUCUGUAUUCCAUUUUGUUUAUUUUGAGAUAAUGUAAUGUGUGCAUGUUUGUGUGUGUGUGUGUGUGAGUAUGUGUGCAAUGUAAAGACCAUUUUUGAUAUUUGGUUGUUAUUAAACCCCUGCUUCCCUGAUUUAUCUUAUACUGUAAACCAAUUUGACUCUGUGCUUGUGUUGGAAAACACUUAUCUGUAAAUGUGCAUAUUUUGUGUAUAUGCUCAUUCAUGGGCCUAGUAAAAAUGUAGAUGCAUAAAUGAAGUAUAUGAGAAUUACUGUGCUCUGAAAUGUUAGUUGACUCUGAAGACAUAGUAGAGCUUUUACAUUUCAAGAAAUGUACACUGGGCCUUUUUGCUCAUUUUGCAGUGCUGUUGUGCAACAGAUUGCUUAAAAAUGCCUGUUGUAAUGCCCUGGAU